CCUGUAGGUACAUCGAAAACGACGACGAGGAGGCGUCCUAUCUUUCAGCUAGUUUCGGUCCAAACGUGUCGCUUUCCAGUGAGCGAGUGGUGAUCCACGCGAGAGUGACCAGCUGGUGCUUGCUUGCUUCCGGGAAUCGGAAUCCUCAUCUUCUUCCUCCCCAUAUCUCCUGUCGCCCUCCGCGUUCACGCAGCAGCAGCAGCAAAGGCGGCGUCGCACGUUCCUUCCUGCGUCGAGUCCUUGUUCCUUUCUUCUUGAUGGACGGGGGCCAGAGCGUCGCCAAGCGGCACGGCGCGGCCGCCGGCGCCGAGGAGGACCCUGACCGGCACCGUGCUCCUCCUCCGGUCCAUGAGGCGGCGGAUGAUCAGGACGACGGCGACAAGAAGGCGCCUCGACAAGGGAGCAGGCGGGUCGCUUCCCUCGACGUCUUCCGUGGCCUCACCGUCGCUCUGAUGAUACUGGUGGACGGCGCCGGCGGCGAGUGGCCGGUCAUCGGGCACGCGCCGUGGCACGGCUGCAACCUCGCAGACUUCGUCAUGCCCUGCUUCCUCUUCAUCGUCGGCAUGGCCAUCCCACUCUCCCUCAAGAGAAUUCCAGAUCGCGGCUGGGCCGUCAGGAGGGUGGUCAUAAGAACACUGAAGCUGCUCUUCUGGGGGAUCUUGCUGCAAGGUGGCUACUCCCACGCUCCAGAUGAACUGACUUAUGGAGUUGACAUGAAGCACAUACGAUGGUGCGGCAUUCUCCAGAGGAUUGCCCUUGCAUACUUGGUUGUCGCAGUCAUAGAGAUCGCGACGAAAGAUGCGAGGGUUCAGGAUCAGUCAAGUUCAGGCUUCUUCUCAAUUUUCAGGAUGUACUUGUCCCAGUGGAUUGUUGCAUGUUGCAUCCUUUUGAUCUAUUUGUCCCUUGUCUACGGGAUUUACGUUCCGGACUGGGAGUUCAGGGUGCGAAAUGUGGACAGCCUGAACUAUGGCAAAGUUUUAACAGUGACCUGUGGCACAAGGGGAAAUCUGAGCCCUCCUUGCAAUGCUGUAGGUUACAUCGACCGUAAAGUCCUCGGCAUCAAUCACCUGUACCAGAAACCUGCAUGGAGAAGGCACAGGGACUGUACUGAUGAUUCCCCUUAUGAGGGGCCUUUCAAAAGGGACGCCCCGGCCUGGUGUGCCUCGCCAUUUGAACCUGAAGGGUUACUAAGCUCAUUUUCAGCGGUAUUAAGUACGAUCAUCGGCGUACACUACGGGCACGUGCUUGUUCAUAUGAAGAGUCAUAUGGACAGGCUAAAGCAGUGGGUCACCAUGGGCGUAGCUCUCCUCCUCCUCGGAAUCAUUCUGCACUUCUCUCAUGCGAUUCCUCUGAACAAGCAGCUGUACACACUCAGCUACAUCUGCGUGACCGCCGGCGCCGCUGGCAUCGUCUUCUCCAUGCUUUACUUCCUUGUGGAUGUCGUGAGCCUGCGCUAUGUCUUCGAGCCGCUGCGGUGGGUCGGCAUGAACGCGAUGCUGGUGUACGUGAUGGCGGCGGCGGGCAUCUUCGAGGGCUUCCUCAACGGCUGGUACUACGACGGGCCCAAGAACACACUGGUUUACUGGGUGAGGAAGCACGUGUUCGUCAGGGUGUGGCACUCGGAGAGGGUGGGCAUCCUCCUCUACGUCCUCGUCGCGCAGAUCCUGCUCUGGGCGCUCCUUGCCGGCCUCCUCCACCGGGCCGGGGUCUACUGGAAGCUCUAGUCAGCCAGGAGGACAUCGGUGUCAUCAUUUGCUUGUGUGUGUUGGAACUUAGAAUUGUGUAGGAUGUGUGUAAGAUGACAAGAAACUAGAAGAAAAGAUUGAAGGCUCACUGACUGCCCAUCAUGUGGCGAGUAGAGCACACCUACCAGAGGGAGUGGGAGAUCAAAGUCAUUGACUGCCCAUUAUCUUGCUAUAACAAGUACGUACAUUUCAUGGAAAAUGAUAAGUUGUCGGUUAAAUCAUUUGCUGAAAGGGCGCAAAAGGAUUCCAACAUGACCCCAAGCAGAAGCGGGACUAAGCUUCAGAAAGCUAGAAGGCCUGCACCUGGUGAGAUGUAUGGUGAAGAGGUGAACUAGUGUAGCCUAUGGGACUAUGGAGAAAAUUAAUCUGGAAUGUCACAUUUGUUAACUUAUGAUCAGCACAUUGUUGCUUAUGAUUAGCACAUCCAUUGGCUUAUGAUUA